AUGAUCCGGUCCUACCUGUCUAGAAAGUACAAGAUAUCCUUGGAAGAAGCCAGACGAUGUGAAAGGGAAGCUCGUCAGUCCUUGGGAUUAAAAGGCGACAACAGCGACAACAGCAGCGACAAGGAAUUCGCCAAAGUCCAAAAGAAGGCCGAAGAGAUUGCGGCUGCCGGUCUGACUACAAAAAAGCAAACACAAAAACAAGCGAAAAAGCAAGAAUUGGCGCGAGAAAAUACCAGCUUGUCACUGGUUCUGAACGAAAAUGGUUCUCUGAGUCAUUCUCGCUACACCGUCCCUCAUUUGCUGGACUGUGCCGGGGUACCCCAUGGUCGGUGGAAGCGCAUUCACGCGGCCGUCUCGUCUCAGCUGAGCCCUGCCGUAGUCCAGGCACGGGAAAUUAAGGUUCGUGCUUUUGCCACCCUUCAAAACUAUCAGCACUAUUAUCACAACGAGCGAGAGAUCAUGCGACAAAUUUUGGUUUCCGCCAACUUGUCCAAUUGUGCUGUGGUCAAGGCCACCAAUAUUGUUUCCCUGGCCAAUUAUUUGUUGAAUGACAAGGGGAUAUUGGCAGAGAUUGAGUACGAGUCCAGUAGACCAUUGCAAGCGGCUCAACAAGAAUACUUUCGAGACUACGAGUUUGUCUUGCCGGUUGGGGUUCGACUGACUUUGGUUGGCAAGGAUGAUGACUUUGAAGAACCAGAACAGGAUGUAAUCAGAGCCUACUAA